AGGCGGCUCCCUUAGCGGUCUACUCAUCAGUAGUGGAGCAUAAGGGAGAUGGGCUUGUCCUUGGGGUAGGGGAGGAAAGGAGGAGAAGUUGGGACUCGGGAGCGUGGAGUUCUGUCUUGCCAGCUGGUUAACGAUAGUCAGAAUAUUUUGAACACUUGGAGCUGAAGAAUGCUGGUGAGCAGCUUCCUUCCCAUGGAGUAUGCCAUAACAACAAGUGCAGAGCCACAAGGAUCCUGUGCUUAUACAGCUGCAAGAACGAACGUCAGAGUUGGCGACAAUGAGGAACAUUCGUCAGGAACCAUUCCUCGGAACAGCAGGGCGCUCUUGCAGCUUAAGGAUAUCUCGACGAAACAGUGGCGGGAUUCUGUGGAGUUGAACGUGCGGUGCUUGAGCUGUGCGUGUUUACUAGGAUGGGUCUGUGUGAUAGGGCAGUGCCAUCGGCCUCAAAAAGGGGAUGGUAAGGUAUUCAGAGCGAAUGAUCUGAGGAACAGAUGGGAUAAUACUCACAGUUCAGGGGGAUACAAUCACGAUAACGAGGAUGAUGAUGAUAUUAAUGAUGAUGUGAAUGAUGAUGAUGACGACAGUAGUGAUAGGACUCUCUGGAAUCAGAAGACCGGGGAUGGUGAUAAUGAUGGUGAUAAUGAUCCAUUGGAAUCAUCUCAGAACGGUGAAUCAGAUGGUGAUGAUGAUGAUGAUGAUGAUGAUGAUGAUGAUGAUGAUGAUGACGAUGAUGAUGAUGGUGGUGAUGAUGAUGAUGAUGAUGAUGAUGAUGAAGAGGACACUGGUGACAUGAAUUGUUGGAAUCAGAAGACCGGGGAUGAAGAAAGGGAUCUGGAUGGUGCAGUCUGCUGGGAUAAGAGGAGGAGCGGAGACAAGAGAGGGGGAAUUCAAAGAUUCCGAUGACAUGAACGGCAGUCAGCAGCAGGAGGGUGAGGACCACAGUGUUGAAAAAGCUCAUAAUCG